AUGAGCGUAAGAUCAAGCGCAACGGCGAAAUCAACUCCAAAAAAGCUUGCUUCAAAUGGUACCAACAGACAAGGAGAAGCAUCUCUUUCAAACGAUAACGCGGACGAAGUAUGUCCUAUUUGCAAAAACAAUAGAUAUCUUUCACCAGAUAUGAAAUUGCUUGUCAGUGAAUGUUAUCACAAGAUGUGCGAGUCUUGUAUAGAUCGUCUAUUUGCAAAUGGCGCUGGUCCAUGUCCAAUUUGUGGUCAGGUUGUGCGCAAAGUGAACUUUGCCAUCGCUACUUUUGAAGAUCUGCUUGUUGAGAAGGAAAUAAAGAUACGAAAACGGAUUGCCCAUCAUUUUAACAAACGGCAAGAGGAUUUCCCUAGUUUGAAAGAGUAUAAUGAUUACCUAGAAGAAGUUGAGAACAUAGCGUGGAACUUGAUUAAUGGCAUCUCUCUCGAGGAAACCGAAGCCAAAAUCAAAGCAUACCAACAAGAAAAUCAUGAUUUGAUUGCUGCAAACGCUCAACGAAUGUUACAAGAAGAGAAACUAGCCAAAUUAGUUGAGGAGCAAGAACAAAAAGAAAAGCAAUCGGAAUUCGAGAAAUAUCAGCAAACGUUGGAAGAAGAGCGCAAAUUGAAAGCAACGUUAAAGGACGAAUUUAUAGAAGAGCUGGCAACAUCAGACGCAUCGCCCGAGAAAAUACUGGCGGAAAAAAAGGCUGCUGCGGCAGCCGCGGCCGCUCAGCGCUCCUCGAAACAAACCGCCGAACAUGCUGCAGCUACACCUUACGGUAUAGCUGGUAACAGUGUUGGUAUGUGGCUUGGCUUAGAUCGAGAACAAAUGGAUGACUCGAUGAAAGAUUACGAUCCUGUCGCGACGGAAUACGCAGACAUUGAUGGAUAUACUCUGCGUGAGAAGUAUUAUGAUCCUUUUACGGAAGUAUCGGCUUUAUCUAAAACUGGCGGAUUCAAUAUCAAGUUUGUUCAUGAACGAGCAUUACAAGCAGCCUUCUCAGGCAUUUGUGAUGUAUAA